GAGAAAACUCAUUUUCAAUAUUGUCCUCCUCACCUUCGAAAAAUACCAAACAUGUCUAACAUCAAAAUCUCCACACUCCUUCUUUGCUUUGCAGCCCUGGUUUUAAGUGUUGUCGUUAACGCUGGACCAUACAAAAAACCAGAAGUUACACUACCAACAGAAAUUAUCACCCAAAUCAUCAGUGCUAACGCCAAAUUGAAGUUCGAACUUUCCGCAGAGGGUACUCAAGAAUACCUUUGCAACACCUCAGCUACGCCAUCUUGGACUUUGGUCGGUCCUAACGCAACAUUGAUUAGCACGGGAAAAAAAUUUAAAAAAGCUAUUCCACAAAAUUUUCAAGCCAAGCAUUACUUUCAAUCUACUGCUGAUGCCAAAGGAGGAAAAGCAACUUGGGAAACCGUAAUCCCAACAACGGAUAAAUCAUUUGUUGUUGGUAAAGUAGAUGUUUCCGUACCUUCCCCCGAAGAUGCUAAGAAUAAUCUUGCCUGGCUCUUGCUCGAGGCCACUUCAAACAGCACUAGCAUUGGUAUCUUUUCUGACAUCACAUUUGUGGUGCGCUCCAAAACUGUCGGCGGGGUCCUGGAUCCCUUAAAAUGCACCGCAGAAAAUAACCUGAAAACCAGCAAA